CACCAACUCCAACGUUAUUAUCUAGUCUACAGCAUUCUCUUUCUGCAGACUUGCAAGAAUCCAACGGCACCUAACGUCCCAUUCGUGAGGAUCCUUUCUUUGUGCAGCCCUCCAACUUACCAUGACCCUUCAGCCCCUGACUGCAGUUAACUGUGCUGGUCUUCUUCAGCCUGGCUGCUCCUUGCUGCAGCUGGAUGGUGACACCCUCCUUUUCGGGCAGAAGGGCUGGCCCAAGCGCUCCUGCCCCACUGGCAUCUUUGGGGUGCGAAUAAAGGAGAACGAGUUCAAGCUGCGCCCCAUCUCUUUCUCCAACAACUCCUGCUACCUACCCCCCUUGCGCUGCCCUGCCGUGGCUCGGCUGGAGCCCCGCGACGGGAACCCGGAGAGCUACCUGAUCCACGGCGGCCGCACCCCCAACAACGAGCUGUCGGCGGCUCUGUACGUCGUGAGCGUGGAGAGCCGUGGCUGCAACCGCAAGCUGACCCUGAGCUGCCAGGAGAAGGAGCUGGUGGGCGAGCCUCCCGGCGCCCGCUACGGCCACACGGCCAGCAUGGUGCACAGCCGCGGCAAGAGGGCCUGCGUGCUGUUCGGGGGACGCUCCUACCUGCCGCCGGCCCAGAGGACCACUGAGACCUGGAACAGCGUGGUGGACUGCCCCCCGCAGGUGUUCCUUGUCGACCUGGAGUAUGGCUGUUGCACAGCUCACUACCUCCCCGAGCUCACCGACGGCUUGUCCUUCCACCUGGCGCUGAGCAGAGGAGACAGCGUUUACCUGCUCGGGGGGCACACCCUGUCAUCUGACUCCCGACCCCCCCACUUGUUCCGCCUGCGCGUUGAGCUUCUGUUGGGGAGCCCCAAGCUGUCCUGCGAGGUCCUCGACAAUGGCCUGUCCAUCACCAGCGCCAUAUCGACCCGUCUGGGUUCGGGCCACGAGUACAUCAUUCUGGGCGGGUACCAGGCAGACCAGCAGAAGCAGCUACAGUGCUGCUCUGUGGUUCUGGAUGACGUCGGGAUCCGCAUCGAGCCUCGGGAGGCACCCCCCUGGAGCGGGGAGAUCUGCAGCAGCCGGAUCUGGUUCGGGGGCAGCCUGGGAAAAGGUGGCGCCCUCGUUGGUGUCCCCACGGAAGGAAACCCAGCCCCCGCCGACGCGUUCUACCUGUACCAGGUGAACUUUGAGCAGGAAAGAGGCAGCGGUGAGGAGAACCUGCAGGGUCACAGCCAGGAGUCCACAGACCUGGAGGACUCCACUCCUCUAGAGGACUCGGAGGAGCUGUACUUCGGCCGUGAGCCACAUGAGUUGCAGAUGAUGGACAGCGAAGGCGACACCUACAACGAGGAGGACGAGGAGGACGAGUCACUGACGGGCUACUGGAUCCGCUGCUGUGCGGGCUGCCAGGUGGACGCCAACACCUGGGAGCCUUUCUACUCCACAGAGCUGACGCGGCCCGCCAUGAUCUUCUGCUCCAGGGGCAACGGCGGACACUGGGUCCAUGCCCAGUGCAUGGAUCUGCCUGAGCUGGAGCUGGUGCGACUCUCCGAGAACAACCACAAGUACUUCUGCCCGGAUCACGCCAGCCACAGCCGCCAGGAGAUGACGCCACCGCGCCAGGAGUUGCCCCUAAAGCGCUUGCCCAUGAAGCCCCUCCACAGGAAAGCCCCCGUCAAGGUCAUGACCCCUGCCAAGAAGAGCUUCCUGAGAAGGCUGUUCGACUGAUCUCCUGAAGGGCCUCUGAUGUGUUCAGCAUUUACCUUGUGAGGUUGCUCAAUAUCAAUUGACUGGAGAUGUGUGGAAUUAAUAUGUGUUGCUGAAUCUUCUUAAAUAAAAUAUGAUCU